AUGCUGCGGCACGCCGUUAACACGGCCAAGAAGGCUGUCACUGAGCUCUCUCAGUACCCCAAGCCUGGCGACAAGCUCCACGGCUUCACGUUGCUGCGGACGAAGCACGUUCCGGAACUAGAGCUGACGGCUCUGCACCUUCAGCAUGACAAGACCGGCGCUGACUACCUGCACAUUGCGCGCGAAGACAGCAACAAUGUUUUUUCCAUUGGCUUUAAGACGAACCCGCCGGAUGAUACUGGUGUGCCCCAUAUCCUGGAGCACACCACCCUGUGCGGCAGCCAGAGGUUUCCCAUCCGUGACCCCUUCUUCAAAAUGUUGCCGCGGACGCUGUCCAACUUCAUGAACGCCUUCACCGCGUCCGACCACACGUUUUACCCCUUUGCGACGACGAAUUCUCAGGACUUCAAGAAUCUCAUGUCGGUCUACAUGGAUGCGACGCUGCAUCCUCUCCUCAAGGAAUCGGACUAUACACAGGAAGGAUGGCGUAUUGGACCGGAGAAUCCUCAAGCCGCCAACGGCGAGGAGAGCGAUCUCGUCUUCAAAGGAGUCGUUUACAACGAGAUGAAGGGUCAGAUGUCCGAUGCCGGGUACCUGUUCUACAUUCGUUUUCAGGACCACAUCUUCCCCGAUAUCAACAACUCAGGCGGUGACCCUCAAAAGAUUACCGACCUGACCUACGAGCAGCUGCGUAAGUUCCACGCCGAGCACUAUCACCCGAGCAACGCCAAGCUUUUCACAUACGGCGAUAUGCCCCUAUUAGACCACCUCCAGGAGGUCAACGCCCAGCUUAAUGCCUUUGAAAGGAUACAGGAGGAUAAAACGAUUCACAAGCCCAUCGACCUGACUUCUGGUCCCAAGGAAGUCACCGUUCAGGGUCCUCUGGACCCCUUGGUAGACCCCGACAGGCAAUACAAAACGUCGGUCUCGUGGAUCAUGGGCGACACCUCAGACGUCGUCGAGUCCUUUUCCUUGGCGCUUCUGUCCACUCUUUUAAUGGACGGUUACGGAUCGCCGUUGUACCGCGGUCUGAUAGAAGCUGGCCUCGGAACAGACUUCAGUCCCAAUGCGGGUUACGACAGCUCCGCGAAGUUAGGCAUCUUCUCCAUUGGGCUGACAGGCGUCCAGAAGGCCGAUGUGAGCAAGCUCAAGGCCGAGAUUCAGCGCAUCCUUCAGGAGGUACGCCAGAAAGGUUUCGACAGGACGAAGAUCGAUGGUUCUCUCCACCAGUUGGAGCUGGCGCUGAAGCACAAGACGGCCAACUUUGGCAUGAACAUGCUGCACAGGCUCAAGCCCAAGUGGUUCACAGGCGUCGACCCUUUUGACUCGUUGGCGUGGAAUGACACCAUCUCGGCAUUUGAGACACAGCUCUCCAAGGGCGGCUAUCUGGAAAGCCUCAUCGACAAGUACCUGUUGAACGACUAUACUCUUUCCUUUACAAUGUCGCCGUCGACUACCUUUAGCGAGGAUCUCGCCCGUGAGGAGAAGGAAAGACUGGCCUCCAAGAUCCGGCAGGCGUCCCAGGAAGCCGGUAGCGACGAGGCGGCACGUAAAAAGUUUGAGCAGCGCGAGCUGGACCUCCUAAUUGAGCAAGGCAAGUCGAACACGGAAGAUUUGAGCUGCCUGCCCACCGUUCAUGUCAAGGAUAUUCCUCGAAGCAAGGAGCCGGUCGUUGUUCGCGACGAGACCUCCAACGGUGUGCAAAUCCAGUGGCGCGAGGCCCCAACGAACGGCCUGACCUACUUCAGAGCCAUCAACACCCUGGACAACCUCCCUGACGAACUCAGAGAGCUGAUUCCUCUCUUCUCUGACAGCAUCAUGCGUCUCGGCACCAGGGAUAUGUCUAUGGAGCAACUCGAGGACCUGAUCAAACUCAAAACGGGAGGCGUGUCUGUGGGAUACCACUCGACACCUUCUCCUACUGACUUCCACAAAGCGAACGAGGGCCUCAUUUUCACGGGCAUGGCUCUGGACAGACACGUUCCGGUCAUGUUCGACAUUCUCCGCAAGCUUGUGCAGGACACCGACUUUGACAGCCCGGAGGCCGCCCUCCGCAUCAGGCAGCUCCUUCAGGCGUCUGCCGACGGCGUGGUCAAUGAUAUUGCCUCAUCUGGCCACCAGUACGCCCGCGGUUUCGCCGAGGCCGGCCUCACCCAGAACGCCUGGUUUAGACAACAGAUCGGCGGCCUCUCGCAGGUUAAGCUCGUCACAUCGCUCGCCAACCGUCCCGAAACGGAUGGACUGGUGGAUGUCAUUGAAAAGCUUAAGCAGAUCCAGAAAAUAGCGCUCUCUGGUGGCAAUUUCCGCACAGCACUCACCUGCGGAGCCGAGAGCACGGGCGCCAACCUCAGCGCCCUGGCCAGCUUCAUGUCGACGCUUCCCAAGGACAAGCCGUCGUUGCCGGCAUCCAAGCCUGCAGUGCUACAGAGGAAUAUCAAGUCAUUUUUCCCGUUGCCGUAUCAGGUCUAUUACGGUUCGCUGGCCGUUCCCACCGUUUCAUACACGUCUGCAGAUGGAGCUCCGCUCCAGAUUCUAGCGCAGCUUCUCACUCACAAGCAUCUGCACCAUGAGAUCCGCGAGAAGGGCGGCGCCUAUGGUGGCGGAGCCUACUCGCGGGGCCUCGACGGCCUGUUUGGCUUCUACUCUUACCGCGACCCCAAUCCUCAGAAUACACUCUCUAUUAUGCGCAACGCCGGCCAGUGGGCCAGGGACAAGGCCUGGACUGACCGUGACCUUGAGGAGGCCAAGAUCUCGGUGUUCCAGGGCGUCGACGCGCCGCAGUCGGUGAACGCUGAAGGCAUGGGUCGGUUUGUGUCCGGCAUCACCGAGGAGAUGAAGCAGAAGCGCCGCGAGCAGCUUCUUGACGUGUCCAAGGACCAGGUGCGCGAUGUCGCGCAUAGGUACAUCGUUGACGCCUUGGAGAAGGAGCAGGAGCGCGUGGCCUUCUUGGGCGAGAAGCGCCCGUGGGUGGAUGACACCUGGAAGAUCCACGAGCUGGACAUCAAAGGUGCCGAGUAG